AUGUCCACUGCCAUUCCCCCACAGGACCCUUUGCGUGGUAAAACCACUUUGAUGGGUUCUCCAGCAGACACGGCGCCUCCUGGCAGAGGGAAGAACGAUGAAGUGUAUUCAUCUGCCUUGGAUGCUGUCUCCAUCCAGACUUCACGGCCCUCGACCGCUGUUCCAGCCGAUGUUCUCGCUACGAGUCUGGCCCAGGCAAAACAUGAUCUUGAGGAAGAGAGACAGCAACAUCAGCAGACCAAGAUGGAUCUGAGACAGAAAGAGCAGGAGGCACGCGAGUUGCGCAAGUCUUGGCUAGAGACUGCGAAUGAAUUGAACCGGUAUCUACGCCAGGGCCACGGCUACAACCAGAUGACGGAUGAUGACUUGCUCCAACACGUAGCGCAAUUACGGUUCACCAUAACCGGAUUCGCCGCUCAGCACUUUAGUCACCCCCAGCUUCGCGACCGAAAGAUGACUGCCGACCUGGUUCGGGCCUUGCUGUGGGCCUUUCUCCUGAGGAAAGUAUUUGACCAGUUUCGUUGGGCCACGCUGGAGGCAGGGGCUCAUCCGCUCAAUGAUCAGGCCAAGGACGUCGUUCCUGACGCACGUCGCAGGUGUAGUAUGUGGCGAGCGAACACGAGUAAUUUGGUGCUCGACAGCAUGAUAUUUGAAGGGGAUAAGCCCUACGAUGAUCGGCAACAAUUUGUGACAAUGAAUGUGAAAGUUCUGAGCAAAUAUCUGGCGUCGUUAUCGCUAUCCCCAAAGGACGUGAUUGAGGCCAGAUUGCAAGACCUCUUCACCCAAAGUCUGGAGUUGGAUCAGGAGCUGAACCGGCAGGUUGCCAGCAUCACCUGGAACAGUGAUACGGAUGAGGAGCUGACUGUGAGGCUGGUGCUUGCCCCAGGUCUCUCCAGGCGUGGUCGGGCAUCAGGGGACCGGUUCGAUGAGAUCGUCCAAUUGCUGAAGAUGGAGGUCUCCUGCGAGCUUGCGGUGUAUAAUGAACCCAGCCGCCGAUCCCGGCCAGCCACAAGGAUUGGGCGACUGGUAUCAGAUAUGGGCUGGGGUAAUGACAACUAG